GUGGAUCAUCCCGUUACCUUGUUUUAUACCCAUAUACAUGUUCAGAAAACUAUGGCAGGGUCAAACACAAGCUGAAAAGUAGUAGCAUUAGUGUUUCAAACAGCAUACACAUAUGCAGUUGGAAUGUAUAACUAAAGUGAACCACCAUAACUAUAUAUAUAUAUAUAUAUAUGAGCUUCCUUUUGAUCAUCAUCAUAUAAGCCUCAGGUGAGAAGCAGGUUAAAGAAAAUGAGUGUAGAAGUGUUAGAUGGUGCCACCAUUGUUAGCUUUGUGGAAGAUGAAGAAGCAUUCAACGGUUCAAUCUAUGACCGAUUCACCUGCCUCGACACAGACCAUGACGGCCUCCUCUCCUAUGCAGAGUUGUUGAAGGAGCUGCAGAGUCUCAGGGUGUUCGAGACCCACUUCGGUAUUGAUGUUAAGACCGAACAAGAUGAGCUCUCCCGCGUGUACACUUCCCUCUUCGUGCAGUUCGAUCACGACUCGAAUGGAUCGGUGGAUUUUGAGGAGUUCAAGGCAGAGACGAAGCAGAUGAUGCUCGCCAUGGCAAACGGGCUAGGAUUCUUGCCCGUCCAAAUGGUCCUGGAAGAAGACAGCUUCCUCAAAAAGGCAGUUGAACGCGAGUCCUCCAAGAUAGUUGCUGCUGAACUUGUUUAAAUGACCUAUAUACAUUCCUCUACAUUGAAUUCAAUCUACUGCAAAUGUUUGAAUUUAAGUUUUACAUGAAUAAGAAAUGACGUGUUAAUUUCCAGAGAAGAA